AUGCGCCAGAAAUUCCACAUUCCUAAUCUGAGAGUUGUGAUUAAGAAAGUUGCUAAAGAAUGUCCCCUUUGUAAAUUGCGGAAAGCAGUUCCACAUCCCCCGAAAAUGGCCGUCCUGCCAGUUGUGCGUCUAACACCAAAUAUCAAACCAUUUACACAUACUGGCAUCGACUACUUCGGCCCGUUGCAGGUCAAGCAGAGGCGCAGUUUGGUGAAACGCUGGGUGGCCUUAUUCACCUGCCUGACUAUUCGGGCAGUUCAUGUAGAGGUAGUCCAUUCUCUAACUACUAAUUCCUGCAUUCUAGCAAUCCGUAGGUUUAUCGCUCGAAGAGGGCCACCAAGUACGAUUUACUCGGAUCAAGGGACAAAUUUCAAAGGCGCGAGAAAUAUAUUAUUGGAGCAGUUACAACCGAUUCAUGAGAAAUGUGCCAUUACCUUUACUAAUGCCUCUACACAGUGGUACCUAAAUCCACCCGCAACCCCCCACAUGGGAGGCGCUUGGGAGCGCAUGGUGCGCUCAAUCAAAAUCGCGAUGGAAGCAGUGGCAAAUCAUGCACAAAAUCCAUGCGACGAAGUUCUUGAAACGGUAGUGUUGGAAGCCGAAGCGAUCGUGAAUUCUCGCCCACUUACAUACGUGCCACUUGACUCGGCGGAAACGGAAGCACUAACGCCAAAUCAUUUUUUGGUGAUUGGAGAUCAGGCAGUAACACAACCCAUGAGCGAAACCUUACUGAGCGGUAGCGUACUACGGGAUAGUUGGGAAUUGACUCGACGACUUGUAGAUAUUUUUUGGACGAGGUGGAUUAAAGAAUAUCUACCUACACUAACGAGACGUUCGAAAUGGUUCGAAGCCACAAAGCCCUUGCAGCCAGGUGAUGUUGUAAUUAUCGUGGACGAAAAAAAGCGGAACGGGUGGAUUCGAGGGCGUGUACUGGAAGUAAUACCAGCAUCUGAUGGAGAAGUUCGUCGGGCGUAUGUCAGGACGCCCAAUGGCGUAGGUUUAUAUUCAGCAGUCAGGUUGGCGCGAUUGGAUAUCAAGGAUUCCAGGAAAGACAAGGUAUCGACGAUCCCGGAACAUCACGAAGGGGGGAAUGUUGGCGAAGCCCCUCGUAAGCUGGAUGAAAAUGAGAUGUGA